GCUAAGAAGAAGCUUCAGUCUCUAAGCAACCACUUGUUUGAAGAACUUGCCAUGGAUGUGUAUGAUGAAGUGGACAGGAGGGAAACAGAUGCAGUUUGGCUUGCUACUCAGAAUCAUAGUAUGCUUGUGACAGAGACCACAGUGGUCCCUUUUCUUCCCGUAAAUCCUGAGUAUUCCUCAACCAGGAAUCAGGGAAGACAGAAACUGGCUCGAUUUAAUGCCCAUGAAUUUGCUACAUUAGUUAUAGAUAUUUUAAGUGAUGCCAAACGGAGACAACAGGGGAAUCCUCUCACUGGUUCAAAAGAAAAUGUGGAACUGAUACUCAAAUCAAUCAGCAAUCAACAUAGCAGUGAAAGUCAGGAUAAUGACCAGCCUGAUUAUGACAGCGUUGCUUCAGAUGAAGAUACGGAUCUGGAAACAAAUGCUAAAUCAAACAGACAGAAGAGCCUGGAUUCAGACUUGUCAGAUGGACCAGUGACAGCCCAAGAAUAUAUGCAAGUUAAAAAUGCAUUGGUGGCUUCCGAGGUAAAGAUUCAGCAGCUGAUGAAAGUGAACAUCAACUUGAGUGAUGAGCUGAGAAUCAUGCAGAAAAAGCUUCAAACGCUACAGAGUGAGAAUACCAACCUCAGAAGACAGGCCACAACCAAUAUCUAUCAGGUCCAAAGUGGUUCUGAAUACACAGACCCAACCAACAAUUCUUCUUUAAAGCGCCGACCGUCUGCGCGGGGUAGCAGACCCAUGUCCAUGUAUGAGACUGGAUCAGGUCAGAAACCCUACCUCCCCAUGGGAGAGGUCACGUACCCAGAAGAAAGCAUAACGAGACUGCAGCCUUUCCCUCCACACAUCGGGAGGAGUGCGUUUGUGACCUCCUCUUCAUCUCUACCUUCCUUCCCCUCCACGCUUUGCUGGUCAAGGGAUGAAAGCACACGAAGGGCCUCGAAGCUGGAGAAGCAGAGCAGCGUGUCUGAGAGCGACUACGAUAACCCCACCACCGCUCUGGAGCUGGAGGAGACGGGGUCAGGCAGGAAGGGCCGGCAGAGGAGCGUCAUUUGGCAGGGGGAGGGAUCCAUCCCUGAAGACACCGACACAGCCCCCAGCUCCAGUUUGCCCAGUACAGAAGAUGUGAUUCGGAAAACUGAGCAGAUAACUAAGAACAUUCAGGAGCUUCUGCGAGCGGCACAAGAGAACAAGCAUGACAGCUAUAUACCAUGCUCCGAGAGAAUACACGUGGCAGUAACAGAAAUGGCAGCCUUGUUCCCAAAAAAACCCAAAUCGGAACUGGUAAGGACUUCUUUGCGUCUGCUGACAUCUAGUGCCUACAGACUCCAAUCCGAGUGCAAAAAGACCCUUCCCGUGGAGAGCUGCCCCACCACGGACAUCCAGCUGGUCACGCAGCAAGUCAUCCAGUGCGCCUACGACAUCGCCAAGGCUGCUAAACAGCUGGUCACCAUCACAACCAAAGAGAACAACAACUGAGUCACGCUGGGCUUUUUAGUCUGGUUUUUUUAAAGGGUGGAUUUCAAACAUAGGUGUGGAACUAUUCAAAUUUUUAUGAGGAAAAAAAACUAAAGGGGCAAGAAACGUUUGGUUUUUUUUUUAAACUCAGUAUUAUUUUUGCAUGUUUUCUAACAAUUUUAUGAUUAAUUUAACCCACUGCCUUAUUUUGUGCCCGUGUUGCCAGUUUUGUUACAGAUAAUAGCACGUUGCGAGUAGCUGUCGAGCCAGUAUCGCGUUCCAGCGUUGUAUCGAGCUCUUGCUAUAGAUGUUCCCCCGGGGCCACGUUCUGCUUUCAGGCAUCGCUUGCCAAACCCCCGCUGAAGGCAGCUGCAGGUACUGGAGGGCAGAACCUCGCCUCUGCUCCGUCCGUCCUGGAGCCGUGGUGCUGCUGACUGAGAAACCCACAGCGAA